AUUUCACCGACAGACCUUUGUUUGAAGUAGGCAGCUCUGUGAAGGCAAAGAAAUGGAAGAGAUAUUUUACAUCCUCGGCUUGGAUUGGAUCGACGUCAGGACUGUCUUAAUAUUUUUUGGUAUUUUUCUACUUUUGGCUGAUGUUUUGAAGAACAGAGCACCGAAAAACUUUCCUCCUGGACCGAGGGCACUUCCUUUCAUCGGCGAUCUUCAUCGUAUUCAACCUACCAGACUUCACCUGCAGUUCACAGAAUUUGCACAGAAAUAUGGAAACAUUUUCAGCCUUCGCCUCUUUGGUGGAAGGAUUGUGGUCAUCAAUGGCUACAAGUUUGUGAAAGAAGCCCUGGUCGAACGAGGAGAAGACUUUGCAGAUCGUCCCAAGUUUCCACUGCUUGAGGUGAUGUUUCCGAAUAAUGGUCUUGUGAUGUCAAAUGGCUAUCUAUGGAAGCAGCAGAGGAGAUUUGCUCUUCGUACACUCAAAAACUUUGGUCUGGGAAAGAAGACCAUGGAGAGAUACAUCCAGCAGGAGUGCCAGUACCUCACAGAGGCUUUUGCAGACCAACAAGGCAAACCGUUUAAUGUUCAGCAUCUGAUAAAUAAUGCUGUGUCCAACAUCAUCUGCUGUUUGGUGUUUGGGAAUCGAUAUGAAUAUAAUGACAAGCAGUACAAGUAUAUUCUGGAGAUGUUCAACGAGAUUGUGCGUCUGCAGGAAGGUUUGUCGGUACAGAUUUACAACACAGUCCCCUGGCUGAUGAAGUGGUUUCCUGGACCUCAUAAGAAGAUAUUCAGUCUGAUACAAGAAUUAAUUGACUUUGUAAAAAUCAGGAUCAAAGAACACAAAGACACCCUUGACCCAUCAUCACCAAGAGACUACAUUGACUCCUUCCUCAUAGAAAUGGGACAGAAAGAGGACAAAGAGUCUGGGUUUGAUCUCAAAAAUCUGUGUUGUUCGACUCUGGACUUGUUUGGUGCUGGAACUGAAACUACUACCACUACUUUAUACUGGGCGCUGCUAUACAUGAUUAACUACCCUGACAUACAAGAGAGAGUCCAGGUUGAGAUUGAUGCUGUGAUUGGUUCGUCCAGACAGCCGUGUAUGACUGACAGAGAAAACCUGCCCUACACUGAUGCAGUCAUCCAUGAGAUACAGAGGAUGGGCAACAUCGUCCCCCUCAAUGUGUUUCACAUGACAAACAAUGACACUACAGUGGAUAAGUACACAAUCCCAAAGGGAACAAUAAUCCUGGCUACACUGCACUCUGUCCUCCAUGAUGUGUCAAUGUGGGAAACUCCAAACUCCUUCAACCCUCAACACUUUCUGGACCAGGAUGGUAAAUUUAGGAAGAGAGAGGCCUUCCUUCCAUUUUCUGCAGGUAAGCGUGUGUGUCUCGGUGAGCAUCUGGCCAGGAUGGAGUUGUUCUUGUUCUUCACAUCCCUCCUUCAGAGGUUUUCAUUCUCUGCACCCCCUGGAGUGCAGCCCAGUCUGGAGUACACCAUGGGAGCCUUUCGUUGUCCUAAACCUUACCGUGUCUGUGCUGUGCCACGAUAAAGUCAGACAGAAAAACAUCAUGUUUUAUGCUCAGUGAAUCACCAUCACAGUUUUCUUGGAAUGCAUCUUGAUAAUCAUGUAAUAAUUUAAUGAAAUAAUUUAAUUUGACAUAUUUGUUCUUCCCUUCAAAUUAGCUUAAAUGUUAAGGUAAAUAGGUAAAAUAACCAAAAACUGUGUCAGUUUCCAAAACAUCUGGAGCUAAAUGUACAUUCAUGGAAGAACCUCUUUGACCAUCUUGUAUCCUGGAGUAAAUAUCAUUAGUUUGCUGCCUGUCCUCAUGCUUAAGCUUACUUUUAUCAAAAGUGGGUAUGCGCUAUAUGUGGCGCAUAGGGCCGCUGCACCAGAGGGGGCGCCAAAGUGAUGGGGGAAAAAUUAUUGUUGGCGUUUUCUUCAUUUAAGAGCUUUUGUGUUUGUGUCAAUGUGUAAAUGAUAUGAUCAAUAACAGAGGCACGUUAUUGCCCCCCACUAGGUCGCGAGUGUUUUCAUUUCAAUCUUGUUGUCAUCUGAUGUAGCUUAUCAAAACAUUCCUUUGUUCAAGUAUGAACAAUGAUCGCUUGACCCAGUUAGCAGUGAUCUCUAUUGAAAAUACUGUGGCACGGUCCAUUUCAUUUGAUAACAUUCUUGACAAAUGGGCGAGUGCAAAGGCACAACAUGUAACAAUUUAGUGGUAACAUUUACAUUAAAUGCUAACUGUUAAGUAGUGGGUGACACUACUUGUAACUUGGACUUAUUUUUUGUUUUUGAUUGUAGAUCACCUGAGGCCUGUAUCACGAAGCAGGAUUACGGGUUUAGCGAGGUAACUUCAGGGUUAACCCUGGGUUUCCGGUAUCACGAAGCUGGAUUAUUUCUUAUCGAGCCAUGUUACCAUGGAAACUUACUCUGAAUGGCAAACCUGCUUCGGGUCAGGAUAACUGUCAGGAUUUAACUGAAUCCGAUUAAAGGCUCCACCCACCGGCCAAUCAGCUGUUCGGGAAAGAAUCACGUGCCCUUUCAUUGAAGACCCGAUUGCGAUUGGAGUUAAAAUCGCGAGAAGAGCGUUGUGGCGUGAACGCAUCUUCCAGGAGAUAAUCACGCAAAGAAAAGUAUAUUUUAUCCAUAUGUCCCCGCUAAGCUCAAACGCGGCUCAAAAUCAGGAUAAUUUCAUUCAGGCCAAAAACUUGAUGUAUUGAUAUGAUGUAAUUGUGGCAUCAGCUUCCGGCUUUAUUGUAGCUCACAUAACAUUAUAGAAUUAAGAAAUCCAACUCAACAGAUGAAACGAUGUUUUUUUUGUGUGUGCUUGGUUUGUAUCUGCUCCCACGUUCUUUUUACUCCAGAGGGUUUACAUCUGAGAGAAUGACACUAAUUGUCAUACUCGCGAUUCAUCUGUCUAUCGCAGUGAUUGCGUUUCGUGGCUUCGUUAAAUGUAAACUAAAUUAGCCACUGAUGUGUAAUUUGCGCAUUUAUGCAAUCUGCGAUCCUUCACUAUGGCUAAUGGCGUCUCUUCCAUGCAGCCGCGGCGUUUGACUUUUCGAGAUUUCGAGUGAGAUUUGCUUUUUCUUCUUCAUAUCUGGGAAGAAUCAGUCUUUGCUCCUUUUUGCUGGCGGAUCAGCGCUUAUAAUUGUGAUUGGUCCGCUGCCUUGGAAUCGCCCUUAUACGUGCGCGUUCACCGAUUCACAGCAAGAUAAACCUGGAUUGAGUUAGCGAGUUGAUAACCAGCGUCGUGAUGCCGCUUAUCCAGAUCGUCACUGUUCUGGAUAAGUUCAACUGGAUAAGUUGGAGUAAAGCCGAAUAAAUUGAGCUCGCUUCGUGAUACAGGCCUCUGCUGUGCUGUUUUGUUGUUUUGUUCUUUUGUUUGUUUGUUUGUUUUUCAGUUUUUCUCUAUGCCUCUCUCUCUCUCUCUCUCUCUCUGUUUUUUUUUUUUUUUUUUUUUGCAGUAUGAAACCUUGUCACCAGUCCCAAUUUGAGCUGCAAAUAAUACAUUUUGCAUUUAAUGACUUGCUUCAAAAUAAAAACUGUUGAGUACUGUU